GGAGUCGGACAAAACGCAGUCCGGAUCCAGAAUUAGAAGACCCAAAUUCAGUGAUUCCAAAAAACGAACCGCAAGGGCUUUGGGAUUUUAGCAAUCAAACCAGAGGUAGAGCUUCGAGGAGGAUUCGACAACAACGCUGCAAAUCUCUCCUCCUCCCCUCCUUCGAUCGAUACCCUCAUAGCUGAUAGAUAUCCAGUCAUGUCUUGGUGCACAAUUGAGUCUGAUCCCGGUGUUUUUACAGAACUUGUUCAGCAGAUGCAAGUAAAAGGUGUACAGGUGGAGGAGUUGUAUUCAUUGGACCUUGAUUCUCUGAAUAAUUUUAGGCCCGUAUAUGGGUUGAUUUUUCUUUUCAAAUGGCGUCCAGGGGAAAAGGAUGACCGUGUUGUAAUCAAGGAUCCAAACCCUAACUUGUUUUUUGCCAGUCAGGUAAUCAAUAAUGCUUGUGCAACGCAAGCUAUCUUGUCUAUCCUCAUGAACUGUCCCGAUAUUGACAUUGGCCCCGAGUUGUCAAAGUUGAAAGAAUUCACCAAGAAUUUUCCACCUGAGCUCAAAGGUUUAGCAAUCAAUAAUAGUGAAGCUAUACGGACAGCCCAUAAUAGUUUCGCAAGGCCUGAGCCUUUUGUUCCAGAGGAGCAGAAGGCUGCGAGCAAAGAUGAUGAUGUGUACCAUUUUAUAAGCUACUUACCUGUUGAUGGGGUUCUGUAUGAACUUGACGGAUUAAAGGACGGACCCAUCAGCCUUGGUCAGUGCUCUGGUGGGCAAGGCGACGUGGAUUGGCUGUCAAUGGUGCAACCGGUGAUCCAGGAACGCAUUGAAAGGUAUUCCCAGAAUGAGAUAAGAUUCAAUCUCAUGGCAGUCAUCAAGAAUCGGAAAGAGAUGUAUACUACAGAACUGAAGGAGCUCCAGAAGAGGAGAGAGCGUAUCUUGCAGCAACUGGCUGCCCUACAGCCAGAGAGACUGGUGGGCAAUAGUAAUGUUGAAGCGUUAAACAAAUCUCUCUCAGAAGUGAAUGCUGGAAUAGAAGCUGCUACUGAGAAGAUUUUAAUUGAGGAGGAAAAGUUCAAGAAAUGGAGAACAGAAAAUAUUCGCAGGAAGCACAAUUAUAUCCCUUUUUUGUUCAACUUCCUCAAGAUUCUUGCUGAAAAGAAGCAGUUGAAGCCCCUUAUUGAGAAGGCCAAGCAGAAAACAAACAACUCUAGGUGAAUCAUAUGUAUUGUUAAUUGUAACCUCAGUUUUAUGGAGUUAUUUUGACUUUAAAUCAACAUCCGAGGAUUUCGUGGUCAGCACUUGUUUUCAUCUUUGUUUCCUGGUUAGCGGAUUCGUUUGGAUUCGUAAGUGAUCUCAGCUCAUCUCAGCUCAUCUCAA